GGUGGACUUACGUGGUCAGUCGCUAGCUGGUGGGCGCCUCGCAUCUAGUGGACGCUUUGAUUUCGUCGGAGGUGAAGUGUGCCUGUGCAUGCAUUAAGUGAUUCUGAUGGUGCUGAAGUGCAGCUUCUGUGUGUUCAUAAGGUAAACACAGUGUUCGUACGUGAUAACGAACAUUACACAGCUGACGACUUUCGGUGACCUUCAGCAGCAUGGCUGGGAUACUGGGCGUGCGCGGUCAUAUACUGGUAAAGGCGGCGACGAGACAAGGACGUCUCUUGAUGCGAAGCAUUACUUCAAAUUGUCCGAAGCCCUACAACGUCCCUGAUGGUCCCUGGGGAUUGAAUAGGGCAGCACGACUGGAGCUGGCGGCAGCGUACAGAGGCCUUGACCACUUGGGACUAAACGAAGGCACCAACAACCACCUCAGUGUGAUGGCGCCUCGUGCGGACGGCAACGGAGAGGUGAUGCUUGUCUUCCCGGAGGGCCUACACUGGCGUGAGGUGACUGCGAGCAACCUGGUUGGGUUGGACAGGGAGGCGAAGACAGUGGAAGGAGAAGGGGCGCCUGAAACCACCGCCUCAUGCAUCCACCUCUCCAUCCACAAGAAGCGACCCGGGACCCCGGUUGUCAUGCACACCCAUCAGCCGUACAUCACAGCUCUUGCGAGCCUUGAAGACUUUGAGCUACGACUGGUGCAUCAAAACUCUCUAUUAUUCUGGAACAGGGUGGCUUAUGACCACAACUAUCAGGGAUUGGCGUUUUCUUUCGAGGAAGGAGAGCGAAUGGCUAAAAUACUAGGGGACAAGGAUAUUCUAUUGUUGGCUAACCACGGCGUGCUUACCGUGGCUCCCACCAUCUCUAUGGCCUUCGAUAAUCUCUACUACCUGGAGCGAGCCGCCAUGGUACAGAUGUUAACCAUGGCGACUCAGCGCAAACUGAGGGAGGUGCCCGAAGAGGUUGUCAGCGCAAUGCAUCCACAAUAUAUGCAGCGGGCACAACAUUACGCAGACAUCCACUUCUAUGCCAUAUACAGGCUGCUUCAGAAAUGGCAACCGGAUUUCGAGACGUAGGCAAGCAGCAGAUUCGAUAAAAUUAUACCGAAUCGUGGUGCUCACCAUCCAAAUACCGAAUUAA